CUCGCCAUGGACCACGCCGCGUUCCCGCACAUCUUCGAGCGCAUCCUCCUCUUCUCCCCGUGGUCCACGAAGCUGCGUCUGCGCGUGCUCUCCCGCGCGAUCCGGGAGACGCUCGACGCCGAGCUCUACCGGCACAUCGUCGUCUAUGGGAGCGCCGAACACGUGUGCUUGCGUGCGCCGGACCACCCCCUCCCGCCUCUGGGCGAGGACACGCGCGCGCUCUCCCGUGUCCAAGUGGUCGACUGGGACGUGCCGCUCCCGCAUCCCGCGCUCUCGCCCGACGACGGCGCGGCAGAGGCGCGCGCCGCCGCGCUGCGCCACCUCGCCCCCCUCCUCUCCGCGCGCCCGCAUACGGUGCGCGCAGCCGACGCGCAGCUCGUCCCCCUCCCCGCGCCCCACCUUAUCCUUUUCAACGACUACGUCUCGGCCGCUGGGCGCUGGCUGCACUGGGGCGAAGGCCUUGUCCUCCUCCCCCCCGGCGUGCGCAAGCUAACGCUACAUACGCGCUUCGACCCCCGCCACCCCGCGUUGGCCGGGAGCACGUGGGACGUGCCGCACCCCGUCAGCGUGAAUGAGCUUGAAGAGCUCGUCGUCAUUCCCUUUCCGGCGCACGACGCGCCCCGCGCCCUCCAGCGCCCGUGGCAGCGCACGCCGACCCUCGGCUUCCUCGACGACCUCUUCGUCUGGGGCAUGCAGCUUGCGGCGCGCGGCGUGCGCGUGACCUUCGUCGGGUUGGACAUCCUCCCGCCGCGCGCGUUGAUGAUGUCCCCCGAUGUGGGAGAGGAGCGCGAGAGGCUCAUCGUCGCGGGGCUCGAGGCGUUGCGGAAGGGUGGGCCCGGAAGGGGAGGUGAGAUCAGGCGCAUUACGUGGGUGCAGUAUCGAUGUGAGACGGACCCGGACGAGUACGAUCUCGUCGUGGUCAGGCGGCCGUCCUGAGUGUAUGGUACUAUUUACCACCUCGACGCCUUGCGUGCAGGUGUCAUCUACCGGCUGCGACGGCGCGGCAGACGCACUCAAACACUUCUUCGUAUCACGAGAUCACCCUUCUGGAGACAUGUAUCGCGUGUGAGCAGUGG